CUUCUGCAUUCUCAUGCUCGGAUUGUCUUGACCAUGACUACAUGCCUAAAUGCAUUGAGUUGCUGUCAUGUGAUUGGCUGGUUAGAUAUUUGCACUAACAAGCAGUUGAACAGGUGUACUUAAAUAGCUGGACAGUGUUUGUGAUCAGGGAUGAACUGGUUAGGACUGGAGUCCCUUCUUAGCGGGGUCAAUAAAUAUUCAACAGUUUUUGGUCGAGUGUGGCUGUCCGUGGUGUUUGUGUUCCGUGUACUGGUGUUUGUGGUGGCGGCUCAGCGCGUUUGGGGCGACGAGAACUUCGUGUGCAACACCAGGCAGCCCGGCUGCACCACCGUCUGCUACGACAGCACGUUCCCCAUCUCUCACAUCCGCCUGUGGGCCUUACAGAUCAUCUUUGUCACGUGUCCGUCGCUCUUGGUCGUAGCACACGUCAAAUACAGAGAGGAAAAAGACCACAAUUACAUUGCUGUUCACCAGGGCAACCACUUAUACGCCAACCCUGGAAAAAAACGUGGAGGUCUUUGGUGGACCUACCUGCUUAGCUUGAUCUUUAAAGCCGUGUUUGAUGCUGCCUUUCUCUAUAUUCUUCAUCACAUCUAUAAAGGAUUUGACCUCCCCCGCAUCACCAAGUGCUCGCUGGACCCUUGUCCCAAUACGGUGGAUUGUUUCAUCUCACGCCCUACUGAGAAGAAAAUCUUCACCCUCUUCAUGGUGGCGGCCUCUGUUCUCUGCAUCUUCAUGUGUAUCUGCGAAAUGGCUUAUCUCAUUGGAAAGCGUAUACUAAAAUACUGCAUAAUGUCACAGUCACCACCGCAACUAUCUAAAAGACCUGAUCCCACUAUCUCCAGCAGCCAAAACUUGGGUUCACAAAAAUUAAAGGACAAUAAAAUAGUCAAGACUGUUGAAAAACCUUUACAACCUCAGUGAGAUUGGUCGAUAGAUUGCACUUUAGAAUGAACUUUAAAAAUAUGGAAAUAAGCUGCAUGGUUAGCUUGACUCUAAAUAUUUCACAAUCAACGUCAGGCCUAUGCAAAUGGGUAUCGAACAUUUACAUGCCUCCUGAAGCAUCAUGCAUUGUUUUGAGUGCGUGUUUAGUGUACAAUAUCAAUAAAAGGUGCAAACAUUG